UUGCAAGCAUUUGUAAAAAAACUCACUACAUUAACAAGUUAAUUAUUAAAACUUAAGUAUAUCCACAAGAAGUGAAAUGUCAGCAGUAAAAACCAAAACUCCAGUUUUAGAAGACAAUAUUACAACGUUCUUAACGAUGAGAAGUCAUUUCAAAAAAAUUUACGACGUCAGGCCGAGAGUUAAUUGUUGGUCAGCAAGUUGCCCUAGUAAAAGACCAGUGUCAACUAUAUCUAAUAUUCGCAAUUUUCGGGUCCCACCAAACUACUGUAAUUCAACAAUUAGUUCCGCAGCAAAGAAAUCUAUGAUAAAAAACUACGACGACAACCGGUUAAAUUGUCCUUUCACAAUUAAAAAUAAACGUGAAUCCCGAAAUCCAGGAACCAUUAAAACAAAAAGCCGUCCCAAUAAAUCUUUGUCGAUGGAUAGACAUACCAAAUAUUUAGAAUCAAAUUUGAGCGACGACUCUGCGUAUAACGACGAUUUCGUUUUUGAAUCCGUUGAAAAUAACAGCAGAGCUUGUUCUGUCGAGACUUGUCACAGAAGAGAUCUUAAAAAAUUAACAAUUGGACAAGGAUCUCCCAUUAAAGUUAUUAAAAACAAAAAGAAGUUUCGUCAAGACCAUUCGUAUUCACGAUUUCUGGAAGAAAUAACUAAUGAGAUUGUCAGACUAGACUUAUCUACCGAUAAAGCGUUAAGAGCUGUUUUUCAAAAACAUAUUAAAUAUAAUACAGGAAUUCUAGAUAAAAGAAAAAUGACAACAGAAGUUAAAAAAUUACAAGAAUUAUUAGGUUUACCAGUAGACAACGAAGAUAUCUAUUCUGAAGUAGAAGAUUCCAAUGGAGUAACAACUACUAAACUAUAAAGAGCGCGUGCGGUGUGAAACUUUAUAAAUUUAAGUAAUUUAA